AGUGCAGAUAAAACACACGCGCGCGCAAACGCACACGAGCUUAAAGUAAAAGACCUCCUGCCCCGGAAAUGCUAACUUCAAAGGCAAGCGUCGGCGCGUCCGCCAUAUUGAAAAGGUCGAGAAUCAGUCAAGACCGCAGUGUGUGCGCAGGUCGGAUGCCUUUAAAUAUCGUGAUCUCUGCAGCUUUGCUGAGCUCAGAUGCAGAUGCGCUCCAUCCCCCUCUCUCCAUCCCCCUACCUCCAUCUCUCUCUCUCUCUCUCUCUCUCUCUCUCUCUCUCUCUCUGAUCCUCAAUUCUGCAUGGGCGGUGAAAGCGGGGGUCGUGCUGACUCAUGCCCUGUUCUACGUGGUCCAGCUGAAUGGAGCCGCACGUAGCGGCGGACGGCGAGAAGAGCGCGCGCCGGUACCCUCUUGCCCCGUAGGCAUGCGCGCGCGUGCAGGUGGGGCUGCUCUACACCGCGAUGAUCGCUGCGGCGUUUCUGGUUCUGCUGCGACCCCUGAGCCUCCAGUGCGUGCUACUGCUCAUCCUGCUCCUGCUGGGCACCGUGGCCACCAUCCUUUUUCUCUGCUGCUGGCAUCGGAGGCUUCGCCAUGAGAAGAUCCCAAUAAAAUCCGUCUUCUCCAGGCGAUCGCGGAGUCGUGAAGCUGGUCUCCGGACGCAUCAUUUUCGAUCCGAGGUUUUUCGCCACAGUCCACGCCAUGGCCGGAGGGGUGUAAGAGCUCGAGUGUGUGAAGAGAGGCCUGUGCUUGAUCCAGCAGAAAGUGAGCCUGAGUCUUGCAGUGCUGUGAGGAAACGCAAAGUGACCAAGAGAGUCCAGCCAGAGUUUUAUCACUCCGUCCAAGUAACACCCACACGCAGACCAAGCUCAGGAUCCGGGAACGCGUCUCUGCGGUGCUCCAUGUCUUCAUCAGCCGAUUUCUCAGAUGAGGAUGACUACAGCGUGAGGUCGGGAUGUGUGUCGCCGGCACCCGGAGACACCCUUCCGUGGAAUUUACCGCGCCACGAGCGCUCUAAACGCAAGAUCCACGGCGGCUCGGUGUUGGACCCGGCCGAGAGAGCCGUGCUCAGGAUCGCAGAUGAAAGAGACAGAGUGCAGAAAAAGACGUUUACAAAAUGGAUCAACCAGCAUCUCCUCAAGGUACGAAAGCACGUCAACGACCUGUAUGAGGAUUUGCGAGAUGGACAUAACCUGAUCUCGUUGUUGGAAGUCCUGUCUGGUGACAAAUUGCCUCGAGAGAAAGGCCGCAUGCGCUUCCACAGACUGCAGAACGUACAGAUCGCACUGGACUACUUGAAAAGGCGGCAGGUGAAACUAGUAAACAUCCGAAACGACGACAUCACAGACGGCAACCCGAAACUGACACUGGGGUUAAUAUGGACCAUAAUUCUGCACUUUCAGAUUUCAGACAUCCAUGUCACAGGAGAGUCCGAGGACAUGACAGCGAAGGAGAGGCUUCUGCUCUGGUCCCAGCAGAUGACCGAGGGCUACGUAGGGGUCCGCUGUGAAAACUUCACCACUUCCUGGAAAGAUGGAAGACUGUUCAACGCUAUCAUUCACAAAUACAGACCUGACCUGGUGGAUAUGAGCAAAGUAUCAACACAGAGCAGCAGAUCAAACCUGGAGCAAGCGUUCACAGUGGCUGAGCAGCUGGGUGUGGCUCGGCUGCUGGAUCCAGAGGAUGUGGAUGUCACAACUCCGGAUGAAAAGUCCGUCAUUACCUACGUCUCAACGUUAUAUGACGUCUUCCCUAAAGUCCCGGAUGGUUUCGAGGGCAUCAGUGCCAAUGAUGUGGACGUUAAAUGGGUGGACUACCAGAAUAUGGUGAAUUACCUCAGCCAAUGGAUCAAACAUAACGUGUCUGUCAUGUCAGACAGAAACUUUCCUGUUAACCCUGUGGAACUUAAGGCACUUUAUUUGCAGUAUCUGCACUUCAAGGAGAGUGAAAUCCCACUGAAGGAGAAUGAAAAGACCAAAAUCAAGCAUCUGUAUAAAAUGUUAGAGGUGUGGAUCGAGUUUGGUCGCAUUCAUUUGCCGGAGGGUUACCACCCUAACGAUGUGGAGAAGGAAUGGGGCAAGCUGAUCGUGGCCAUGCUUGAGAGAGAGAAGAGCCUCAGGCCUGAGGUCGACAGACUUGAAAUGCUGCAGCAAAUCGCAGACAGAGUUAAGCGAGACUGCGUGGCAGGAGAAGACAAAUUAACCUUAGCACGUGCAUCUCUACAAUCUGAUAUAAAAAGGUUUGAAUCUGGGAUCCAAUUGCAGAACGAGCCUGAAAUUGCAGGAUACCUACUGGAAUGUGAGAACCUACUGAGGCAACAAGUGGUUGACAUCCAGAUUUUACUGGAUGGGAAGUUCUACUUGGCAGAUCAGCUUGUUCAAAGGGUCUCCAAGCUUCGUGAUGACCUGCUGACACUCAGAACAGAAUGCUCCUCGGUGUACAGCAAAGGGCGCAGUCUGAGCACGGAACAGACCAAGAUGAUGAUCUCCGGCAUCACACAGAGUUUGAACUCUGGAUUCUCGCAGAACCUGAACGUGGGUUUAAGUCCGGCUCUCACACCAGGCUCUGGGCUUUCCUCAAGUUUUACCCCUGCUCUGACUCCAGCACUGACACCAGGAAUGACCCCGGCAUUGACACCAGGAAUAACCCCAGGAUUGCCCUCGGCAUUGAUACCUGGCUUGCAGCCUACCUUGAGGAUCGGAGGCUCUAUGGAGCCUGGGAUGCUCCAGCACAUGAAGCACAUGCAGAUCCGCAAGCCAAUGCUGAAAGCUUCAUUAGUUGACCCGAGUUUGUCUGAGGAAGAGGUCAAUAUGAAGUUUGUCCAGGAUUUGCUAAACUGGGUGGAAGAGAUGCAGGUACAACUCGAUCAGAGCGAAUGGGGAUCCGAUCUCCCGAACGUCGAGUCUCAUUUAGAAAAUCACAGAAAUGUUCACAGAGCCAUCGAAGACUUCCAGAUGAGCAUUAAGGAAGCAAAAAUGAGUGAGAUUCAGAUGACCCACCCACUGAAACAGAGUUACUCAGACAAACUGGGGCUUUUAGAAAGCCAGUACGGCAGACUACUUAACUCUACCAAGGAGCGACAGAAACACCUGGACAGCCUGCAUAACUUUGUCUCGCAUGCCACCCGAGAGUUAAUUUGGCUUAACGAGAAAGAGGAAGAGGAGGUAGCUUUUGACUGGAGUGAGCGCAAUAGCAAUAUCUCCAGGAAGAAAGAUUACCAUUCUGAUCUGAUGAGAGAGCUGGAUGAGAAGGAAGGGGCAAUCAGGUCAGUGCAGGAUCAGGCCGAUGUCCUUUUACAACAGAACCAUCCGGCUCGGCUUACUAUAGAGGCAUAUAAGGCGGCCAUGCAAACCCAGUGGAGCUGGAUCCUGCAGCUCUGCUACUGUGUGGAGCAGCACCUGAAAGAGAAUGUGAUUUACUUUGAGUUUUUCAACGAUGCCAAAGAGUCUAUGGACUACCUUAAAAGCCUUCAAGAUUCAAUCGCGAGGAAGUAUGGGUGUGACCGGACUAGCAGUCUGCACAGACUGGAGGAUCUCAUACAGGAGUCUAUGGAUGAAAAGGAGCAGCUCCUUCAGUACCGCAGCACUGUGGCGAGCUUGGUGGGACGCGCAAAGUCUGUGGUUCAGCUCAAGCCCCGCAACCCAGAGAACCCUCUACGGAGUUCCCUACCUGUCAAGUCCAUCUGUGACUACCGCCAGAUUGAGAUCACUAUCUACAAAGAUGAUGAGUGUGUGCUGGCGAAUAACUCACACCGAGCUAAAUGGAAGGUGAUCAGCCCUUCAGGGAACGAGGCCAUGGUUCCUUCUGUUUGCUUUACCGUGCCUCCACCCAAUAAGGAGGCGGUUGAGAUGGCCAGCAGGAUCGAGCAGCUGUAUCAGAAGGUUCUCGCACUGUGGCACCGCUCUCACGUGAACAUGAAGAGUGUGGUGUCCUGGCAUUACCUGAUGAUGGAUAUCCGCGACAUCCGCAAAAGCACAGUUGCUUCUAUUAAGACUAUGUUGCCUGGCGAGCACCAGCAGGUCCUGAGCAGCUUGCAGUCCCACUUUGAGGAGUUCUUGGAGGACAGCGAGGAAUCUGAGGUCUUCACGGUGGCAGACUGCACUCAGCUAGAGAGAGAGGUGCUGGCUUCGAAAGAGUACUAUGAGGAAUUGCUGAAGUCUGCAGAGAGAGAGGAACACGAGGAAUCCGUCUACAACAUGUUCAUAUCUGAUGUGAGGAACUUUCGCAUGCGCGUUGAAGCCCAUGAGGAGCAGCUGAUUCGGCAGGUCCGCUCACCUCUGGAACGAGACGACCUAAAGGCCAUUAUGCAGCGCAUUAUUGAUCAGGAGAGGAAGAAGGCCGAGCUGGAUCGGUUGAAUGAGGAUCUGGAGGUGCUGAAGGAGAAGUGUGAAGCGUUCCUCAGACAGGCUGCUAACUCUCCAUCAGUGCCCACACUGUCCUCCGAGCUCAACGUGCUCACUCAGAGCAUGGCUCAGGUCUACUCCAUGUGCUCCAUUUACCUGGAAAAGUUGAAGACGGUGAGUUUGGCGAUGAAACACAGCCAGAGUGCCGAAGCUUUGGUCAAAUUGUACGAAGGCAAACUAUGCGAGGAAGAUGCGGUCACUGGUGACAUCAGGUCUAUUGAUGCGGUUAUGAGCACGCUCAAGCAAUGGAGGUCUGAGAUCGACGAAAGAAGAGAGAUAUUCCACGAUCUGGAGGACGAGCUGCAGAAAGCCAGAGCUAUCAGCGACCGGAUGUUUAAAACCCAUAACGAACGGGACUUUGAUCUUGACUGGCACAAGGAGAAAGCCGAACAGCUUGGAGAGAGAUGGAGGAACGUCCACUCUCAAAUUGAAAACAGACUUCGAGACCUGGAAGGCGUCAGCAAGUCCCUGAAAUACUUUAGAGAUGCAUACAAUAACCUUGAUGAGUGGAGCAAAGAGAUGGAGGUCAAUCAGCUGAAAACCCAAGAGAACCAGCCAGAAGACAGCAAAGCUUUGGCUGAGUUAUUAAAUCAACAGAAGGUUCUUGUUGCGGAAAUCGAACGUAAGCAGACUAAGAUAGAUGAAUGUCAGAAGUACUCAGAGCAGUACUCAGCUGGAGUGAAGGAUUACGAGCUUCAGCUGAUGACCUACAGGGCCAUGGUGGACUCUCAGCACAAGUCCCCAGUGAAGCGGAGGAGGAUGCAGAGCUCAUCAGAUGCUAUCCAGCAGGAGUUUAUGGAUCUCCGCACUCGCUACACAGCACUGGUCACUCUCAUGACGCAGUAUGUGAAGUUUGCGAGUGAAACUCUGAAAAGGGCCGAAGAAGACGAGAGGAGGACAAGCGUGGACAAAGCAGAGUAUAGGAGCUGGUUCGAUAGUGUGGAGCUGCAGAAGGUGGCUAGUGAAGAGGAGCUCUCCAGGCUCAAGCGACAGAGGUCUGUCGAGGAGGAGCGAAAAGAGCACGGUGAGAAAGUUAGCAAGUUGUUAGACUGGAUGUCUGAUGUGAAAUCGGACGUGAACAAAAACGGAAAGGCUGUAAGUGAUGACAGAGGCAGCACAGAGAGCGCUAAUAAGCCUCAGAUUCCUAUUGAAGAAGUCUUGUCAAAGAAGGAACAAAUAACCGAAGCAUUAAGAAGUACACAGCAGAGAUUAACCAAGUACAGUGACAAAAUGUCAGAGGAGGAAAAGUGUGAAGCGGAAAACCAGCUAAAACUCCUCCAGCAGGCCUACAAUGACCUCUCUGAGAUGAGUGAAGACCAGACACAAUGUGCUGAACAGGAGUUCGAAGUCAUCGAAGGCGUUCUCGAUGUGGGAAAAGGAGCCGUGCUGUCUGUAUGCCGUGCAGUGCAGAACGGUCUCCUCGACCACUGCACUGGGCUCAGUCUCCUUGGAGCUCAGCUCAUAACAUCUGAGCUCAUCCUACCUGAAUUCCACAUGUGUCUCGACUUGGAGGAUGCGUUCAGGCACAACCUGGUGGAUGAACCCAUGUAUGAGCAAUUGCAAGACUUGAACGAAGCCUAUAAAUGCAUUCAGAGUCCACGUUACGCCUUUGAGCCCUUGCCAGCCGUAGCUGCGAUGAAGGACGGAGCGAUUUCUGAACGUCUAGCUGUGAAGAUCGUUGAGAUCCAGCUUGCCACUGGUGGGUUACGAGUGACACUUACUGGAGAGAGUUUAAGUCUUGAGAGGGCGUUUGAAUUUGGCCUGAUUCCCAACUCUCUCUACAUUCAAAUAUUGCAAAGACAGAAUACCUGGAAGGAUUUGAUCGAUCCAAAUACGGCUGAAAAGGUGUCUCUCAUUCAGCUUGUUCAGAGGAGCAUUGUGCAUGAGGAGACAGGGCUUCGCUUGCUAGCGGUGAAGUCCAAGCACGACGGAAGCAUAGCGUUCACGUCUGGGAGAGACGUUAGCAUUUUGAGAGCGACACACGAUGGUUUGAUCGAUCGAGAUACAAUGAUCCGUCUGCUGAGUGCGCAGCUCUUUGCAGGAGGCAUAGUCGAUCCUAGAACAAGCUCUAAGCUUACCGUAGAGGAAGCCGUUUCCGAGGGUCUGAUUGAUGAGGACACUGCUGGUGAAAUUCUUAGCUAUCAAGCCCAACACGGUGGCAUCGUGAACCCUAAAAGCGGAGCUAGACUGACAGUCGACGAAGCUGUCCAGUGCGAUUUAAUAAGCUCAAGAAGUGCUCUGUUAGUUUUGGAGAGGCAAAAAAGUUUCAUGGGCCUCCUGUGGCCUCAAUCUGGUGAAAUCCUGACCGUCUCCAUGUCCAUGCAGCACGAAAUCCUCACUGAGAAACUGGCGCAUGAGCUCCUGUGUAACCGACGUAAAAUCGUGGCGUUUUACAUUCCCGAGAACUCUGAGGUCGUUGAUAUUGAUUCUGCUGCCGACAACGGUUUUAUCAAUAGAUGCACAGUAGAUUUUCUGAAAACUAUCGAGAUACCAGAUAUCUUUCCUGCCAUAGAGGAUCUCAAUGACAGAUUUUCAUCCUGGCUAGUAAUGCGUGAGCUUCAGAUUGAGGGUUCUGAUCGAUCCAGAGAAGGACUGGAUGCUGAUGAAAAGAGUAUAAAUGCACCAUCUUCCAUGGAAGCCAAGCAGCUUUUUGUUUCGUUUUUAAUGAUGAACAGCUACAUGGACCCUAAAUCAGGGCAGAGGCUUUUAAUUUUUGAUAGGCAGCUAAAUAAAUUGGCUCAAGUACUGCUAGGAAUAUCAGAAACGCACACACGUGAUUCAUCUACAGAUGAGGACUUUCCAAAUGAUGAACACAUCACACAUAAUGAUCAACUGGCAGUUUUGCAUAUUGAGGAACCUGAAUUAAGGAUAUCAGAAGAGAGAGUUUUAGAGCGUAAUCGUCGUGUAAAGACGAUCGAGUCGGACGGUCUUAUCGCAGGGUCAGGUGAGAUGUUUAAUACGUCAUUUCGUAUUAAAACCGCUUCGACAUCUGAGAUUAAACCACACACAUACAGAAAGUCCCACACGAAUGAAAUGCCUAAUGCGAAAGUUCCACCUUCCACAGAAACUCACAUUAAUCACUUAAAUCAGAAGCGUUUGCUUUCCGAAGACAAGUAUGCACUUUUGAAUCACAGAGAAAAUUCAGUCCAAGCUAAAGACAAAGACCUUCUACAGAGCUCAAAAAUUUGUCCAAGUCCUGAAAAUGCAGAGAUUAGAUCAGAAGAAUUCAGUUGUCUAUCAUUAGACUCAAAUCAAAUAACUAGUCGUUCGGAGAGCUUGAAUACAGUUAGUCAGGAGAAGCUCAGGGGAAUGUUUCCUACAACUGAAAAUCUAUUAGCAACUUUAAGUCAAAUGACUGGUGGAUUAGACUCGACGCUAAAUGAUGUUCAGGAGAAAGACAGUGUUGAGAUCCUUCCUGUGGACUUCAGUGAAAAAUCUCAGAGUAGUGUAAACUCAUCAUUCAUCUCAAAUACAGUUCUUUAUAAACACGUCACUGCUGAGGAUUUCACUGAAACACUCGAUCCAACUACUGAACAUGCAAUGCCAAGGCCAGAUGAAGUCAAUAAUCUAUUAGCGACUUCAACAGAGUUAACCACUACUUUGGAUUUAUCCAUUACCCCAAAAAUAGUCAGCGAUGAGAAGGUUGAGGAGUGCAUCAAAAAAUGUUCAAGUACUGAAUACCCAUUAAUGAGAACAACUGAAAGCAACGCUCUAUUAACAAAAAGAUCAGAAUCCAGUAGUGGCUCAGCAUCAAGCUUGAACUUGAUCACUGAUGAAGAGUUUAAUAAAAAAAACGGUCUUAACAUUGAUCGCUCAGACACAACGUAUAGCUUACAGACAGCGAGUAACAAAGUCAUCAAUGAUGGAGAUACAAGUGAUGAAGUUGAAAAAGACAAACAUCUUUCAGAAAACAGUAGUUUGGACACCUUUAAGAUCGUUAGUGAUGAAGCCAUCUUAUAUAAAGGUCUUUCCGAAAAAUGUCCAAGUACUGAAAAUGCCAUGAAAAGACCAGAAGAUGCUCGUCUAUCAACAAAUUCAGAACAAAUGCCCAUUGGUUUAGACUUAGAGUUCCUGUUUGAGACAGAUGCUGAGAUCAGUGCUCUGGAGAAAGAGCAUUGUUUUGAAAUCCCUUUUGAGGACUUCAGUGUAAAAUGUCCAGGUACAAUAAAUAGAGCAGAAGAAAACACACAUCCAUCAGCAAAACAAAUGAUCAGUAGUUUAGACUUAACCUUGAAUUCAGUAAAUGAAAAGACCACUGAUGAUGUGUUUGGUAAUAAAUGUCCAGAUACUGAAAAUGUCAAGGGAGAACGUCCUCAAUUAACAUGUUCACCCCAAAUGAUCUGUAGUUUGGACUCCUUGCUCACAUUAAAGACAGUUAGUAAUAAGACCACUGAUGAUGCGCAUGGGGUUCAAUGUCUAAAUACUGAAAGUGCAGAUGAAGCUUCUUUAUCAUCAUUCACCAUCAGAACAAGCAGUGAUGAAAUCCCUGCUGAGGAUUUUAGUCAAAAAUGUCCCGAAAAUGCAGUGAACAACACAGAAAAAUCCACAACUUCAAUAACGACUAGCAAUUUGGAUUCAUUCACUAGAAAGCCAUAUUGUGAUCUCACUGAUGAAGGUCCAAGCACUGAAAAUGUUGGGAACCAGAUGGAAAAAAACACUCCUCUAAGCACCUCAGUUUCCAGUUGUUUAGACUCGUUGUCCAUCUUAAAGACUGAUAGUGACGAGAUUCCUGAAAGGUUGUAUAACAAAAGUCCAAACACAGAAUCUGAAACACCAAAAACAAAUCACUUAUCAGGAAAUACUGAGAAUACAGUGAGAAGCAACUCAACCCAAAUAACCAGCAGUUUGGAUUCAUCAUUCACCAUCAGAACAAGCAGUGAUGAAAUCCCUGCUGAGGAUUUUACUCAAAAAUGUCCUGAAAAUGCAGUGAACAGAACAGAAAAGUCCAAAUCUUUAUUAACGACUAGCAAUUUGGACUCAUUAACUAUAAAGCCAUGUUGUGAUCUCACUGAUGAAGGUCCAAGCACUGAAAAUUUUGUGAACCAGAUGGACAAAAACACUCCUCUAAGCACCUCGAGACAAAUGGUUUCCAGUUGUUGUUCAGACUCGUUGUCCAUCUUAAAGACUGAUAGUGACGAGAUUCCUGAAAAGUUGUAUAAUAAAAGUCCAAACACAGAAUCUGAAGCACCAAGAACAAAUCACUUAUCAGGAAAUACUGAGAAUACAGUGAGAAGCAACUCAACCCAAAUAAUCAGUAGUUUGGAUUUGGAGAUUAAUAAUCUGUUAACACCUUCAACACAGCUGACAAAUACUUUAAACUGGACAAAAUCUGGAAAGUUCGAUGAAAAAUCUCCAAGUACUCAAAGUGAAGUAGAUGAAUUAGAGGCAGAUGAUGUAACUUUUGAAGGUUUUGGUGCUGAAAUGAAAAAUGCAGAGCAAAAUGAUCAUCUCUUAACAAUUCCAGCACAAAUAACCAGUAGCCUGAACUCAUCAUUUAUGCUAGCACCAGACAGUGAAGAACCUCCCAGUACUGAAAGUAGCCUGAACUCACAGUUCCCUUCAAAGAACACAAAUGUGGAGUUUGCUGAAAAACCUUCAAGUGCAGAAAACUCCAUGAAAAUCUCAAACGAUGUCUCUCAAGCUUUAAUAACUCCAGCUAGGAGUUUGGACGACUCAUGUGUCAUCUCAAAAACAGCCCAUGUAGAUGAGAUCACUGCUGAGAGACUUGAUGUAAAAUGUACUGAAAAUGAGAUAAAAAUAUUGCAAAAAGAUUCUGACACAAUGCAGGAUAUAUUUAGCUCAGAUUCAUAUUCUGAACUUAAGAUGACCGAGUUUCCUGUUGAGAAAUGUACUGAAAAUGUUGUGAAGAGAAGUGAGGAAGAUACUCUUCCAUUAACAAGCAGUAGUUUGGAGUCGUUUAUCUUAAAGACGGUUAGUAAUGAGAUCACUGAUGACACAUUUGGAGAAAACUCUAAAACGUCACUGAGGACCGUUGAAGCGACUCGUCCGUUAACAAACUUAACAACCAGCAGUUCAGAUUCAAAAUUCAACCUAAUGACUGAUAAUUAUGAGAUCUGCUCUGAGGAUCAAAGUGAAAAAUGUCCAAGUACUGAAAAUGCAGUGAACAAACUGGAGGAAUCCACCAACUCAUUACCAAACACAACACAGGAGAUAAAUAGGUUAGAUUCAUCAAUCACCAUAAAAACAGAUGUUGAAAACAGUCCAAAUACUGAAAAUGCAGUGAACAGAACUGAGAAAUCUUCUGCUCAAUUAACAAAUUUGGAAAAAAUCAUCAAAAGUUCAGAUUUUUCAUUUACCAUCAUGACAAAUAGUGAUGAAAUCGUUGAAGACCCAAGUAUAAAAUGUUCAAAUUCUGAAAAAGAAGUGGAAGAAAGUCCUUUAUUGACAAGUUCAGUGCAAAUGAGAAGUGAUUUGGAGUCUUUGCUAAUCUCGAAGAUGGUUAGUGAGUUAGGAACAGCUGAGGACCAAACAAAAAAAUGUCCAUGUACUGAAAAUUCAGUGAACAGAACAGAAGAAUUCAGUCCUCAAUUCAGUAUUUCGGAUUCCUCCUAUCUUACCUUAAAGACGGUUAAUGAGGAGACCACCUAUGAUGUGUUUGUUACUAAAUAUCCGGAUACUGAAAAUGCAGUGAACAAAACAGAAGAAGUUGAGAAAGUUCCACUGAUCAGUAGUUUGAACUCCUUGCUCAAAUUAAAGACAGUUAGUAAUCAGACCACUGAUGACGUGUUCCGUGUCCAGUGUCCAAAUACGGAAAAUACAGUGAGGAAAUCAUCUGAAGCUUCUUUAUCAUCAAAGUUAACACAAAUAACCAGCAGUUUGGAUUCAUCAUUCACCAUCAGAACAAGCAGUGAUGAAAUCCCUGCUGAGGAUUUUAGUCAAAAAUGUCCUGAAAAUGCAGUGAACAGAACAGAAAAAUCCAAAACCUCAUUAACGACUAGCAAUUUGGACUCAUUCACUAGAAAGCCAUGUUGUGAUCCCAUUGAUGAAGGUCUUAACACGGAAAAUUUUGUGAACCGGAUGGAAAAAAACACUCCUCUAAGCACCUCGACCCAAAAGGUUUCCAGUUGUUCAGACUCGUUGUCCAUCUUAAAGACUGAUAGUGAGGAGAUUCCUGAAAAGUUGUAUAACAAAAGUCCAAACACAGAAUCUGAAGCACCAAGAACAAAUCACUUAUCAGGAAAUACUGAGAAUACAGUGAGAAGCAACUCAACCCAAAUAAUCAGUAGUUUGGACGCAAGUCCAGUUUCUGAGCAUCUGAGGGAAGAAUGUACUAAGAAUCUAGUGAGAACUUCAGAGGUCACCACCGAUGCGUUGACACACACAAUGCAGACGACCAGUUUGAAUUCUAGAUUGGAUUUGAAGGUGCUAAGUGACGUUCCAUCAGCUGUUGGUUAUGAUCCAGGAAAACACGAUGAGGUUAAGCAAAUGAUCCAGAAUGCUUUAGAAGAUCUUUCCAAUUCAGAUUAUUUGGAUACCCAAUACCAUGUUCGCAAAAAAGAGAAUCAUCAUGGCGAUAACAUUUCUAGAGAUGUGGCUUUUAAUGAAGCAGCAGAAAACCAGAAGGGAAGUUCUGCUUGCAGUGACUCAGGAAUUUCCUGUUCAUUGCAAAGUCAUAUUUAUUCUGAAGAAAAGAACUCAGAGAGCAUAGCAGCAGAUACAUUCAUUAAUCUGAGAGGUUCAGGAAGCUUAGAUAGAAGGAUAGAAGAGAUCGAAACAUUAACCGAUAACGAAACAAAUGUAUCUUCUUCUACGGUACUUCUACGUUUAGGUGAAAAUGUGCAAGAUCAGGAAGAAGGUGUGUUGUCCCAGUCAUUAGAUAUGAACGAGAACACUCUAGAUCAGUGUACAGUUAGCAAGAUCAUGAAUGGACCUGAGCAUGAGGGCAAGUCAGGAACAGUUGAAGACCAUGCCUCAUUCAGAUCAGAAGAGACCCAAUCCAGUCAAAUUGUUGAUAAUAAGACAAGUGAUGAAUUUGACUUGGUCAAUCUCAACACCUCAGAGUCUAUCGACAGCUCACAGUUUUGUUGUGGAGAUACUUUGAGAACACGUUCCACCUUGAAGCUGCUGCCAGAUGGAACUCCCAGUGAUGACUUAACUGAGUAUGGAGUACCUGAUGUAUUGGUUGAGUCUAGCUUCCCUAACUCAGGCUUUGUUAUAUUUGAGAAAAAAGGUACAGAAUCAUCACAGGAACAAACCUCAAUCACUCCAGAGCACAUUGUGAAAAAACAAUCUUCAGAAUCUGUUACUCUGAAGUCUAAUAUUCCACAAAAUUCAUCAUGUGUAGACUUGCUAACUGCUCGAACUCCCCAAGACUCCACUGAUGUUCACCCACAUGCAGAUAAACUGUGUGUGGAUUCUUCAGUGUCAGCGAGUGACUUUCAACCAGCUUAUUUACAUCAACUCAUAAAAACUGUAGCUAAUGAAGCAGUAAAUAAGACCCCUAACAAGCAGAUGAAAGGGUGUGGUACCAGUGAGAGCAUCUCACAGACUACUGCACCUCAACAUGACUCAAACAUCACUCAAUUCCUUGUUGAAAGCAAAGAUCCUGGUCUGCUUAAGGGUUUGAGCGAACAUGAGCAAAAUCUUCCAGGGUUUAGAAAUCAGCAGGAGUCUCCACCUGAACCCGAUCCAGUACGACCAAGUCAUUCAGUACUUGUGCAGUCAGAGUUUCUAGAAGAGAUCCAGAAGAUUUCUGCCGAAGACCCAAAAACGUUAGUAGACGAUAACGUCUUUCGGACAGAUUUGUCCAAUAAGCAGGAAACGGUUUCAACCACCGAGGAGGUCAAAGUAAGACCCAGAAUAUGCUCCACCCAACAGUACUUGGAAUGUGUUGGUAAACUCCAGGAUCACUAUGAUGCACUGGAAGACAUCAGGAAGGAUUUUUUGACCCAAGCUCCUUUAGAAGCCCACAUUGAAGGAUUACAAGCCCAACUGGAAGCAGCUCAGUCUUUAGAGGAACAGCUCGCUGCAUUUCCUGGCAUCUUCACGUCCGAUCUGGCGUUAGCCGAGCAGCUUUUAAAAUCUGCUGAUGAACUCAUCCCCACACAAAUCCAACACGAUCUAGCUUCGGUUUUUGUAGAUUUGCAAGCAGCAUUCACGGGUGUUUGCCAUUUGUCGUGUGAAAGACGUAACACAAUUCUCCAGGCCAUUGAUGUAGCCGAGGCAAAUCUGGAGCAGACAUAUCAAGAUCUCCUCAGCUCCGUUGACAAGUUGUCGUCUGGUAUUCAGGAAAAGUGUCAGACGCUACGUAAGCUGGACAUCUUAAACACAGACGACUUGAAUACAGUUAAACAUAAGAUUCAGCAAAAUAAGGACCUGGAGAAGAACCUGUCUGGCACGCGACAGAACCUGGACGAUGCGGCUUUCGAUGUCCAGAACUUCAUAUCUGAGCAUGCCCAGGUCCUAAACCCAGCGCAGAACAGACAGAUGCUGAAAUCACUCAGUGCCACGCAGAGAGCUUUUAAGGAACUGAAGGACCGUGUGUUUACUCAAAGGCACACACUGGACCUCCAUUUGGAGAUCUGUGAGGAUGAGAUACAGCAGCAGAAUGCUGUUGAGAAGCAGAAGGAGUUUGUAGACAAGCUGCAGGAGCUGUGUGAAGACCUGAAGCAGACUGAGAACCGCCUCAUCGGCCACCAGCAGCAAUCCAACAAUGCAAAGAGUGUUGGAGACCUUCAGCAGUUCCAGCAGGAGAACCAGGCUCUGCAGAAGGACAUCCAGGCUAAUGUAAGCGCACUAAAUGAAGUCAUCAGUAGCACUAAGAAGUUCCUGGAGGAGAACCGGAGCAAACUGACACCCGAGCAAGUGGCCGCUAUUGAGCUUAAGGUGGAAGAGGUGAAGAGCAAAGCAAACAUGCUGAACCAGAGAGCAGAGGAAACUAAGAAAGAACUGGAGAAAGUGGUGACCACUGUUAUCAAACAGGAGACAGAAAAGGUUGCGGCUGUGGAACAACUCGAACAGACCAAAAACAAAAUAGAGGUUCUGUUAGAUUGGGUAUCUAAUAUCGGGAAAGAAAAAGAGAUGGACGGAUCGGCCAAAGAGAACGGGAACAUGCCAGUAGAUGGAAAAUUAACAGGAAGGGAAGAUGAUCCUAAUGGAAAUGCACUGGACACCACAGAUAACAUCUCACAGUGGUCAGGUGAAGACACGAAAGAACUGGAUAUAGAUCAGCAGUAUGAGAGGCUUAAGGCUCACCACCAAGAGAUCCUCUCCCAGCAGCAGGACCUCAUCAUCGCCACACAGUCCGCCCAGGCUCUGAUGGACAAGCAGGCAGACGUUCUCUCUCCAUCUGAAAAAGAGAAGCUCCAGAAGGACAUCCACGAUCUUCGAGGACGCUACGAGGCCUCACUCACCCAGGCCGAGCAGCAGAUGAAGCAGAUGCGAAGCGUUCAGGAGGAGCUUCGCAAGUUCCAAGGCGACUACGAGGAUUUUGGAGUUUGGCUUCAGCAGGCCCAGGAGCAGCUGGAAGAGCUCGGAGCCCCAACAGGCCACUUGGAUGUUCUGCAGGAGAAGCUUCAGCGGCAGAAAAGUUUCUACGAAGAUGUGAUCUGUCACAAAGGAGACUUGCGUUUUAUCACAAUCUCAGGCCAGAAAGUGCUGGAUGUGGCCAAGUCCUGCGAGGUGGACACUUCAGGAACGUGUGCUGCCGUGAAGGAGAAGCUGGAUUCCACCGCUACACGAUACAAAGUCAUGCACACUCAAUGCAACCAGCUUGGAAACAAUAUCAAAGAUGUCGUGGACAAAUACAAGAAGUAUGAAGAUGCCACUAGUGGCCUACUAACGUGGCUCAAUAGUUCUGAGGCUGAAGCAAGAAAGCAGCAGUCAGAAGCUAUUGCUGCAGACCCUCAAACCCUCCAGAGACAACUGGAAGAAACCAAGGCUCUUCAAGGGCAGACUACUGGCCAUCAGGUAGCUCUGGAGACACUACGCAAAACAGCAGAUGCUCUCGUCACAGUGGAGGGAGACCUGCUCAACAACCAGGAUGAGAUACAGGAAGCAGUUGAUGACAUCGUGGAAAGGUACGAUAACUUGUCCAAGGCAGUGAGUGACCGGAACGAGAAGCUGCUGGUGACGUUAACUCGCUCGUUAAGUGUACAGGACGGUCUGGAUGAGAUGAUGAACUGGAUGAAGAAGGUGGAGGAGAACGUUGGGGAGAAAUCCCAAGUGCUCCUCGACUCAGCUGUUAUUGCCGACGCCCUCAGCAAGGAGGCGGCUCUGGAGCAGGACAUGUCCAGCAGACAGAGCAGUAUCUCCACUAUGAAGGCCAAAGUAAAGAAGUUUGUCGAGACUGCAGAGCCUGUGGCCGCAGCUGCACUCCAGGAAAAGAUGGAGGGUCUCGCGCAACGCUUUGACAAUGCCUGUGAGAAGCACAAGCGGAAGAUUUUACAGAUGGAGCAGCUGAAGGACAAGGUGGAGCAGUUCGAGAAGACAUCUGAGAAGGUCCAGGAGUUUGUUCUAAGACAUUCACACGCUCUCAAUGAGGCUGACGGACCUGGAAAGAAUGUAAAUGAGCUCUCCCAGCUAGUGCAGGAGAUAAAUGCAGAGAUGGCUGAACAUGCAAAGGACAUGGAAACACUGCACGCAUUGUCGAAGGAGCUUUCGAACUCCGGCCCAGAGGGAAGCACGGCUCUAAUUCAGGGCAAGAUGGCCAACCUGUCCAACACAUUUAAUACCUUUAAAGACACUGUUAAAGAGAAAGAGGAGGAGGUGUUGUCUUGCCAGGACCAGCUGGGCGAGUUCAAAGCAGCUGCAGGGGUCUUAAUGAUGUGGCUGGAGGAGACAAAAGAGCAAGUGCCUGUGGUUCAACCCAACUGCAGUGAACAGGUCCUGGGAAAUGACGUGAAGAAAGUCAAUUGCUUGUUAGAAGAAUGGACUGCUAAAGCCCCCGCUGUCCAAAAUAUAAAUAGCACAGGCUCUGCACUGUGUACUUUAAUCAGUGUUUUGACAUCACCAGCCAAAGCCAGAAUGCAUCAUAAAUCAGGUUCAUCACUCAGUAAUGGCUCAGGUCCAGGAGGUCCAUAUCUGACGAAUAAAGAGCUGAUGUUGGUGCAGCAGAACAUGUCCUGCAUCAGUGAUGAUUAUAGCAGUCUUGGGGAGCUGCUGAAGGCCAGAUCAUCAGAGCUAAGUGCUCUGUUGCUAAAGGUCCAAGGGGUCCAACAAGAGUCUCAGUCAACACUGCAGUGGCUGGAGAACAUGAAGAAGACGGCAGUUUCUUGGAACUCUGAGCCAGCAGGCAAAGACUCCGUGAAAAUGCAGAUGGAACGCCAGAAAACUUAUGAGGAAAAAAUGCACCAAAAACAGCAGCCGUACCAAGAACUGAGGGAGAAGCUUCUCCGGCUGAUCGAGGAAAACCCUGAUUCACCCGAGGCAGAGAAAUGGAGGAACAUGCUGAAACAGAUGGAUGAAGGAUGGGAGGAGGUCAGGGGCUGUGUGGAGAAUAGGAAGCAGCAUUUGGAGGAGUCAUCCCGCAUGCUGGAGCUCUUCCAGACAAACCAACCCCAGCUCUUACAGUGGCUUCAAGAGAAAGAUCUGAUGAUGAGUGUUCUAGGCCCGCUAUCUGUAGACCCUAAUAUGCUCAACACACAAAAGCAGCAGGUCCAGAUUCUUCUGAAAGAGUUCGAAGGCCGCAAACCUCAGUAUGAGCAGCUGAAUGAAGCUGCACUGGUUAUCAGUACUGCAUCAGGAAACCAGGACCCUACAGUAGAGGAGGUCCAGAAACAGCUGGAUGCUAUCAUGCAGAAGUGGCGAGGACUGACAAGCCAGCUGUCCGAGCGUGAUGCCCUCAUUGAGCAAGCUGUGGGUAAGACCACUCGGUUCCACGAGCUUUUACGGCAUCUGGGUGAGAGUGCGACCGCACUGGAGUUUCAGCUGAACGGCCAGCAAUCCCUCAGCACACAACCCGAUGCUGUCAAGAAGCAGUUAGAAGCCACGAAUGCUGUCCUGGCAGAGUUGUGCAAGGAGCAAAAAAGGCUAAAGGAGGCAGAAAGUCUGUGUUCUGAACUUUCAGCUUUAGUGACUGAGGAGUAUCUCAGAGCCAAUCUUACAGCACAGCUGGAAAGUGUCUCCAAACCCUUUAAGAUGCUUGAAGACAAAGCAGGAAAGAGGAUUCAGAAUCUCACCUCAACGUUCGCCAGCUCCCAAGAAUUUCAUCGGACAUCUAAAGACUUCCAGAGCUGGCUAGACCAAAUACUGAAGGAGCAGGCUGAGCCUCAUCCAGUCUCAACCAAGGAAGAGACUCUGUUACAAAGUCUAAAGGAGCUUAGCGCUGUCCAGAGUGCACUGAGUCAACAAGAGGAACCAUACAAUAACAUUCUCCGGGAAGCAGAGGCUCUCCUACACAAUACAGAAGGAGAGGAAAAGUUAGCUCUCCAAGGACAGCUCUCGGCCCUCAGGUCCAACUGGGAGAAAGUAAAGCAGGGUGCCAGUGAGAGAGCAGAGAAGCUCAAUUUUGCUAUGGAGAGGACCAGAAAAUACAAAGAACAUGCAGAGAGCUUGAGCACUUGGCUGCAGGAAUGUGAAGACAAGAAAAAUAAAGCAAAUUUCAGUGUGAAUCCUGUGGAAGUCGAGAACUCCCUCUCACAGAUAAAGGAAAUUCAGAGGGAUGUGGACAAACAUCGCGGUCAGAUGGAACUGCUGAACGUAGCUGCUGACAGUCUUCUAGAGGUGGCCACAGCAGAUGUGGGUGAAGUCAAUGAAGAGAAGACUGUUAUCGGGAAGAAUAUAGAUAAGUUGACAGAAGGUUUGCAGCUCAAGAAAGAAACCCUUGAGAAGCUCUCGCAGAGGUUGAAAGAGUUCAGCGAAGCACAUAAAGACAUCUCAGACCAAAUCGAGGGUGCCAGAAAGCAGCUCGAAUCUCAAGCUGGUCUUGGUGUCCAAGGUUUUAGUAACAAGAACCUAACCAACAUGAAGUCUGUGCAGAAAAAUCUCGAGUGUUUGCAGAACCAGAUAGACGACCUCAAAAGCCUGGCUCAAAGUUUGGUAGUGGAUGUACCAGAAGUUGAUGGGGUGAUAGAUCUCCUCCUUCAGGCAGACACCUUGGAGAAAGAGCACGACUCCAUCAGUAAAUCAACUGAAGAGCAGUGCUCCACAUUGGAGAACAAAAUGCAGGGCAUUGGACAGUUUCAGGACAGCACCCGGGAGAUGUUCACCACCUUUGCAGACCUGGACGAUGAAUUGGAUAAUAUGGGCCCAGUAUCCCGAGACCUGAAAACUCUCCAAGAUCAACAAGGAACCAUUCAGAGCUUUGUGAAAAAACUCCAGGAUCUGAUGACCAACACAACCAGUGCCCAAAACAACUGCAAGAAGAUGCUUGAGUCAGAGGCUUCACCAGAUCUUCUGGGCCUGAAGAGAGACCUCGAGGCCCUGAGCAAGCAGAGUGGCAAACUGAUGGAUCGGGCCAUUGGGAGGAAAGAGCAGGUUGAGGAUACACUGAAACAUCUGGGGGAGUUUUACCACAAGCUGGAUACGGUCUCAAAAGAAAUAGCUGGUGCAAAGAAGAAAGAGGAAUCCCAAGGAACUGUUGGAAUGGAGACAGAUGUCAUUAACCAGCAGCUGGAGGCUUUCAAGGUUUUCCAGAAAGAGACGAUUGAGUCACUCCAAACGCAAUUGCAAGAGCUGAACUGGUUAGGCCAGGGGCUUAUUCAAAAUGCUUCCAAAGGAACCAGCACCAAAUCGCUUGAACACGACCUGGAGGAGGUCAAUACGAGAUGGAACACCCUGAACAAAAAGGUAGCAGAACGUUCGGUGCAGCUUCAUGAAGCCUUGCUGCACUGUGGAAGGUUUCAGGAUGCUCUCGAGUCGCUGUUCAGCUGGCUUAAAGAUACGGAAGAACUGGUGGACAGUCAGAAGUCUCCAUCAGCAGAGUUUAAAGUUGUUAAAGCACAAAUACAAGAACAGAGGCUCUUACAGAAACUUCUGGACGACCGCAGACCCACGGUGGAGCUUAUUAAGAAAGAGGGGGCGAAAGUGAUAGAGAUGGCUGACUCUGUGGAUAAGGAGAAGAUUGGAAAAGAGAUUGAUAUCCUGGGGAAGAGAUGGGAUGCUCUGCUAAAGAAAGCUGAGAACAGACACAAGCAGUUGGAGAGCAUUUUGGGGGUGGCCCAACAGUUCCACGAGACCCUGGAACCACUAACAGAAUGGCUCACUGCUACCGAGAAAUGCCUGGCCACUUCCGAGCCCAUCGGCACCCAAACAUCUAAGCUUGAGAAGCAGAUCUCUCAGCAUAAGGCUUUAGAGGAGGAGAUUAUAGGGCACGGUAAAAGCUUGUACCAGGCCAUGAGUCUCGGUCAGGCUCUGCGCUCACUCAGCUGUGUGGAUGAUAAAGAGCUCAUCCAAAGUAAACUGGACAGCACUCAGGGCAGCUACAUCGAGCUGCAGGAACGCUGCCGCACCAAAGCCGAGCUGCUUCAGAGGGCCCUGGCUAACACUCGGCUGUUUGGAGAGGACGAGGUAGCGUUAAUGAACUGGCUGGACGAAAUCCACGGCAGACUGGGACACGUCUCUGUCCAGGAUUAUACACUGGGCGUACUGGCAAAACAGCACUCUGACCAGCUGGCCCUUCAUGAGGAUAUCGAGUUCAGGAGACAGCAUGUUGAACAGGCUCUGCAGAAUGGACUCGAGCUGCUCAAGCAAACCACAGGUGAUGAAGUCAUCAUUAUCCAGGGCAAACUGGACGGAAUAAAGACAAGAUAUGCCGACAUAAGCACAAUGAGCAGUGAUGUACUGAAGACCCUGGACAAGGCUCUGUCUCUGGCUGAUAAGGUACAACAUACACACGAGGAGCUGCGCGUCUGGUUGGAGAAGGUGGAGUCUGAAUUAGCUACGUUUGGAGCUCAGGAACCAGUGGGAGAACAACUCAGUCAGGUGCAAGAGAGGCAGAAAGCAUUAAUGAUGGAGGUUCAAGAGCACAAGUCAGCAGUAGAGACGCUGAACGAUGUAAGCAGCGCUCUGUUAGAGCUGGUGCCAUGGCGUGCCCGAGAGGGGCUUGACAAACUGAUCACAGAGGACAACGAGCGCUACAGGGCAGCUAGCGAUGCCAUCUCUCAGCAUGUGGACCAGACCGGAGCGGCCAUCUUAAAAUCCCAGCAGUUUGAGCAGGCUGCAGACUCUGAAUUAGCCUGGCUGACUGAAGCCGAGAAGAAGUUGUCAUCUAUGGGGGACAUUAAACUGGAGACGGAGCAGACCACAGCUCAGCUGCAAGCGCAGAAGGGCUUUUCCAUGGACGUUAUGAGGCAUAAAGAUAGCGUGGAUGAUAUCACCAAGUCAGGCGAAGCGUUAAUGAACAGCAAAGACGAGACUGAGAAACAAGUUCUAAAGACUAAGAUCCAGGCUCUGGUGGAGAAGUACAACGUGGUGAGUCAGUUGAACUCAGAGCGCUGUCUGCAGCUGGAGAGAGUACACUCCCUGGCCUGCCAGUUCUGGGAGACCUUCGAGGAGCUGUGGCCAUGGUUGCAGGAAACCCGGGCCAACUUCACCCAGCUUCCUUCACCCGGCAUUAAGUACGACACUCUCAGACAGCAACAAGAGGACCUGCGGCAAAUGAGGGAGCUGAUUGCAGAGCACAAACCCCACAUAGACAAAAUGAACAAAACGGGUCCCCAGCUGGUGGAGAUCAGUCCCCUGGAGGGUGAAACCAUCAGGGAGAAAUAUCAGGCCACGGAUAAGUUGUAUGCACAGCUAAAAGCAGAUGUUAAGCAGAGAGCCGCUGCCCUGGACGAGGCCAUCUCUCAGUCUGCUCAGUUCCAUGAUAAGAUCGACCCCAUGCUGGAGUCCCUGAAUCGUAUAGCGGAACGCUUGCGCCAGCCCCCCUCCAUCUCAGUGGAGGUGGAAAAGAUCCGCGAGCAGAUUUCUGAGAACAAAGCCGUGAAUGUAGACCUGGAGAAACUGCAACCGUCUUAUGAAACUCUGAAACAGCGAGGAGAAGAUAUGAUCACUCGCUCAGAAGGUGCAGAUAAAGACCUGUCAGCUAAAGCCGUACAAGACAAACUGGAUCAGAUGGUAUUUGUGUGGAAUGACAUCCACGCUCUUCUGGAGGAGAGGGAAGCUAAACUUCUCGAUGUGAUGGACCUGGCUGAGAAGUUCUGGUGUGACCACUGUGCUCUGAUCAUCACUAUCAAAGACACGCAAGACCUGCUGAAAGACCUGGAGGAACCUGGAGUCGAUCCUUCUGUUGUUAAACAGCAACAGGAGUUGGUGGAGGUGUACAGAGAAGAGAUCGAUGGGCUUCAAGACGAACUGAACGUGGUCCAGAAUCUAGGAGCUGAACUGAUGACAGCCUGUGGAGAACCAGACAAGCCUGUCAUCAAAAAGAGCAUUGAUGAGGUGAACACGGCAUGGGAGACUCUGAAUAAGACGUGGAAGGAGAGAGUGGACAGACUCGAGGAGGCCAUGCAGGCAGCUGUGCAGUUCCAGGAUUGUCUUCAGGGCAUGUUCGACUGGGUGGAUAUUUUGGAGGGUAAACUGGAUUCCAUGUCGCCUGUGGGCACAGACUUGGAAACUGUAAAACAGCAGAUUGAGGAGCUCAAGGUGUUCAAAGGUGAGACAUACCAGCUUCAGAUUGAGAUGGAGAGACUAAAUCACCAGGCAGGACUGCUACUGAAAAAAGUCCUGGAGGAGUCAGAUCGCAUUGCCAUUCAGGAGCCUAUGAAUGAACUCAAAAUGCUUUGGGAGAAUCUGGAUGAGAAGGUCAUCAGUAGACAGCACAAGUUGGAGGGAGCCUUGCUGGCAUUAGGGCAGUUCCAGCAUGCUCUGGAUGAGCUUAUGACCUGGCUGACUAAUACUGAAGAGCUGCUUAGUGGACAGAAGAAAACCAGUGGCGACCCCAAAGCUAUCGAGAUAGAACUCGCCAAACAUCAUGUGCUGCAUAAUGACGUUUUGGCCCAUAAGACCACGGUGGAGGCGGUUAACAAGGCUGGCAGAGACCUGAUUGAGUCCAGUGCAGGAGAGGAGGCAUGCAGCCUGCAGAACAAGCUGGAAAACCUUAACCAACGCUGGACACAGAUCCUGGAGAAGACUGAGAAGAGGAGGCAUCUUUUGGACAACGCCUUACUCCAGGCCCAAGGUUUCCAUGGGGAAGUUGAAGAUAUGCAGCAAUGGCUGAAAGACACCGAAUGUCAGCUGUUAGCAUCAAAAGCAGUUGGAGGCCUACCAGACACGGCCCACGAGCAGCUUAACACCCAUCUGGAAUUAUGUAGUGCAGUGGAGAUAAAGGAAGAACUCUACCAGCAGCUUCUUCACAAAGGUCAGAAGCUGAUCGCCUUGACCCCAGAGAACCAGGACAGCAGUAUUGAGCAGGACCUUCACAACCUUCAAGAAAAGUGGGAGAGCGUUCAGGCCAAAGUGGCUGAGAGGAAGGUGAAACUGGAAGAGGCAUUAGCGAUGGCCACAGAUUUUCAUAAUUCUCUGCAGGACUUCAUUAACUGGCUGACUCAAGCAGAGCAGAUGCUGAACAUGGUGUCUUCAGCCUCCCUCAUCCUGGAAACUAUCUUGUUCCAGAUUGAUGAACAUAAGAUCUUUGUGACUGAGGUCAACUCGCACCGGGAUCAGAUCAUCGAACUGGAUAAGACAGGCACCCAUUUGAAAUACUUCAGCCAGAAACAGGAUGUGGUCCUCAUCAAAAACCUGCUCUUGAGUGUGCAAAGCCGCUGGGACAAAGUAGUGCAGCGUUCGGUGGAGCGAGGACGCCUGCUGGAUGAUGCGAGGAAACGUGCGAAGCAGUUCCAUGAGAGCUGGACCAAGCUGAUGGAGUGGCUCGAAGAGUCCGAGAGAGCGUUGGACUCAGAGCUGGAGAUCGCUAAUGACCCGGACAAGAUCAAAACGCAGCUGGCUCAGCACAAGGACUUCCAAAAAGCUCUGGGUGCCAAGCAUUCAGUGUACGAUACUACCAGCCGUACAGGUCGAGCCUUGAAGGACAAGACCUCGCUCCAGGAUGACAACCAGAAAUUGGAUGAUAUGCUUUGUGAGCUCAGGGACAAAUGGGACACAAUUUGUGGCAAGUCUGUGGAAAGACAGAACAAGCUGGAAGAAGCUCUGCUCUUUUCAGGCCAGUUCACUGAUGCUCUCCAGGCUUUGAUUGACUGGCUUUAUAAAGUUGAGCCUCAGCUGGCAGAGGACCAGCCCAUCCACGGAGACAUCGAUUUGGUGCUCAACCUCAUCGACAGCCACAAGGUGUUUCAGAAGGAGCUCGGGAAGAGGACCGGCUCCGUACAGGCUCUGAAACGUUCAGCUCGUGAUCUGAUCGACUGCAGCCACGAUGACUCUUCCUGGGUCAAAGUUCAGAUGCAGGAGCUGAGCUUGCGAUGGGAGACGGUGUGCAACCUCUCUGUGCUCAAACAGACACGACUGGAACAAGCUCUGAGUCAGGCAGAGGAGUUUCACUCAACCGUUCAUAUCCUGCUCGAGUGGUUGGCUGAAGCAGAGCAGAGCCUCCGAUUCCACGGGUCUCUGCCUGAGGAUGAGAAAGCCCUGCGUGGCCUGAUUGAACAGCACAAAGAAUUCAUGAAGAACCUGGAAGAAAAGGGUGUGGCUCUGGGCAAAGCCAUCAGCAUGGGUGAAGCUAUUUUAGCUAUAUGUCAUCCAGACUCUAUCACCACUGUAAAACACUGGAACACCAUCAUUAGAGCUCGCUUCGAGGAGGUCACAGCGUGGACUCGGCAGCACCAACAUAGGUUAUCUAAUGCUCUGGGCGAGCUUAUGGCCACUCAGGAGCUCCUGGAGAACCUGCUGAGCUGGUUACAGUGGGCAGAAACCGCACUCACUGAGAAAGACAAGGAGGCACUGCCUCAGGAGAUCGAAGAGAUCAAAGCUCUCAUCACUGAUCAUCAGAACUUCAUGGAGGAGAUGACAAGAAAACAGCCAGAUGUGGACAAAGUCACUAAAACUCAUAAAAGAAAAGCCACAUCUGAUCCUCCAGUUCAGUCUCAGAUUCCAGUACUGGAUAAAGCGAGAACAGGCCGAAAGAGAUCCCAGGUGCAGUCCAUGUAUCCAGCAGCAGUCCAGGCUCCGAUAGAGACUAAGAACCCCAGAGUGAACCUGCUGGUCAGUAAAUGGCAGCAGGUCUGGCUUUUGGCUCUUGACCGGAGAAGAAAACUGAACGAUGCACUGGACCGACUUGAGGAGCUGAAGGAAUUCGCCAAUUUCGACUUCGACGUCUGGAGGAAACGCUACAUGCGAUGGAUGAACCACAAAAAAUCCCGAGUCAUGGACUUCUUCCGCCGCAUGGAUAAGGAUCAGGAUGGCAAAGUCACCAGGCAGGAGUUUAUCGACGGGAUUCUUUCUUCAAAGUUUCCCACCAGCCGACUGGAGAUGAGCGCUGUAGCGGAUAUUUUUGACCGCGAUGGUGACGGCUACAUCGACUACUACGAGUUUGUUGCUGCCCUGCACCCGAACAAAGACGCCUACAAACCGCUUACUGAUGCUGAUAAGAUAGAAGACGAGGUGACACGGCAAGUAGCAAAGUGCAAGUGCCCUAAACGUUUCCAAGUGGAGCAAAUUGGUGCAAACAAAUACCGGUUCUACCUUGGAAACCAGUUUGGUCUGGUUCACUGCUUACAUGAUCCGUUAAUCGCCGAUGAGAGUAUAACAAACAGGGAGAAUCAAAAUCUAAACUCCCAACUGCACGUUGCUGUUUUGGAAAGCUGUAUCCUGUUUGGAGACUCGCAGCAGCUCAGGCUGGUGCGGAUCCUGCGCAGCACUGUUAUGGUGCGAGUGGGAGGAGGGUGGAUGGCUCUGGAUGAGUUCCUGGUCAAGAACGACCCGUGUAGAGUUCAUCACCACGGGAGUAAAAUGUUGCGCUCGGAAUCAAACUCGUCCAUUACUCAGUCUCCUAUAGGUUGGCAACUCUCACACUUUCUCUCCUUGCUCCAUCCCAGUGCUAAAGGUAGGACCAACGUGGAGUUGCGCGAGAAGUUCAUUCUCCCGGAAGGGACCACGCAAGUGAUGGCCAGCUUUCGCUACAGAGGUCGAAGAUCUCGGCCGUCCUCUAGAGGUGCCUCUCCGAACAGGUCGAACUCCAGCCACAGUUGUCCUGCUCAGCCCAACCUUCCUGCACCUGGAACACCCAAGACUCUCCAACAUUUAACCCGCAAUUACGAUAAACCCUGGCUGACAAACAGCAAAUCAGCUACUCCUUUAAAGUCAUCAGACUCUUUCGAGAGCCAGGGGUCGUCCAAUGAGAGUACGCCCAUCCAAGGCAGCAAGCUCCGGUUGCCUGGCUAUCUGUCAGGAAAAGGUUUCCAGUCUGGAGACGAGGGAACCCUGAUAAACAAUGCAAUUCUGAAAGCUAGGAAUUAUGCUGCAGGACACAGUAAGAUUCCCAGCAGGCCCGGCAGUAAGGCAGGGAGCCGCGGAAGCAGCCGGCGAGGAAGCGACGCCUCUGACUUUGACAUUUCCGAUAUCCAGUCCGUCUGCUCGGACAUGUCGGAGACGGUGAUGGACUCCACAAGGCCACGCUCUUCUCCACGCCAGCCUGGAGUCAAACCCUCCAAAAUCCCUACGCCGCAGAGGAGGAGCACGGCCAGCAGCAAACUGGCCAAGACCACGGCCAAGAGAUAGUCAGCAGCUGGAUUCUAUCUUCACAGCACUCUGCUGGAACACAAAAAACUGGACUUCUGAAGACACUCAACAAAAACACUGCAAAACGUCCGUAUUUAAGUAGCAAGUUGUACAUUACAACAGGGAAAAAAAAAAAAAAAAACCUGUAGCAAGUUGUAAAUUAUUCCAAAGGAGAAACGAGGUGAUGUAAGUGGGAUUGAUGACGUGCGAGUGGAACAUGACAGUUUUCGUGUAAUUUUGUUGUGUAUUUUUAAUUUCUGUGAAAUAAUGUCGCAUCAGAUUUUAUUUGAUUUUAUUGUAUCGCUGCUACAGCCGGAGACGAUAACAAGCACUUGCAGGAGAAAAAGAACUGUACAUCGUGACGCUAAACAACAAAUCUUUUUCCACAUUCUCGGACUGAGUUCACGUCAGAAAGCUGAAUGUACCGCAGAAAUCUCCGCAAGCUUGCGAGUAAUAUUACGCCGCUACGAUUCCUCCUGACUAUUUAUUCAUCUAUUUAAAGUGCAAUGAUGUGUUGCUGGAAUGCGUUUUUUUUUUUUUUUAAAGGGCAAAACUAACUAAUGGUAACUGCUGCAAGUGAUCCUCCUCAAACACUACAUGCAAAAAAAAAAAGGAACCCAACAUCGAACCAGUGCAUCAUAUCCACCUGCUGCAUAAUGUUUUAAGUUCUUAAUCCUAUCAUUGUGUGCCAUUUAACCUUGACAGGAACCUUCUACGGUUCCAACUAGAAGAUAUUCAUAAGUGCGUUCAUGUCUGUGUACUGUAUGAACCCCGUGUCAGUGGAUUAAUCGCAUAACAUUUUUUUUUUGUAAUAAAGCUGCUUGCAAAAAAGCUAUGGCAGUAUUAAAAAAAACAAAACAAA